ACGACCGAUGAGCGAUGAUGACAGCGGAUGAUACACCAUGAUGUUGCGAGUUCCACCAUGAGAACGCGACCCAGUCUCUAUUCGUAUCACGCAUGUGUUCCCUUCCUUUAGCCUCAUGUCGGACUCAAAGCGCGCGCACCUCUCCGCCGACGCGCUGCUACCCAAAGAUAGACCUAUAACCGCUCCCCUUCAUACAUGGUUCACUUCGCCCGCGAGAUCGCAUAGCAACCUUGCGCAAGCGAAAGAGCUCCCGCUGCAUCUGAUUCAGCUGAUCCUCACACAUCUGGACGAUGUCGGUGACCUUGCGCGCAUCACGCGCACAUCGCGUCUCUUCUAUUACAUGACGCUCCCGCGACUCUACGAGAAAGUUACGCUACGUUCAUACGCCGACAUACGAUACGUCGAUGGCAGACCGGAGGGAUACGGCAAUGGCAGCCCUUUUGCCAUGGGACUCAACACACUGGUGUCGCGGAACUUCAGCGACUACAUACAAUCGUUUCGUGUCAUAGGCGACUGGCGAGAACAUGAUGUCGACGACUAUAAACAGGGUCGCGUGCCAGACAACAGCAUGAUACUGCAAAUCGUCAUGCGUGCCGCGCUUGACAAAAUGAAGAAUCUCAAGGCUUUUGCUUGGGAGCUGAGCACCCCUCCGUUGAGUACGGUAUACCAAGGCAUUACGACAAGAACAUUGCUAGCGUCGCUCACCAUUCGAUGCCCGUCACGACGAACACCGCGACCGACUACCAUUAUACCUCCGCUUCCGAAUUUGACCACGCUGGUUGUGUACGACAUCGAUCCACUAUGCUAUCCCGACGACAUAUCGCUGCUUCUAGCCGGUUCCAAGAAGCUCGAGAACCUGAAGCUACACUGGAGUCCGCGUAUGCGGGCUGAAGGCGAAGAGUCAGUGAGCCUGCACUCGAUGUUCGGUCGGUGCAUCGCUGCGAGAUAUGCGAUUUCCAUUAAGCGCUUGGCCAUAUACAACGUAUAUACUCGAUUCUCUGGCGACGACUUUCACAACGUUAUGAAUCACGACUGCCAAACAGAGAUCACCGUGAUCAAUUCCAUGGGCAGUUCCGACCCUAUGACGGUUUUUGCUGACGAUUCUUGGAGGGUACACAACAACCAUCCGACGCCUCGUAACCUGAAGAUGAUACGCACCGAUAACACGGACAAAGAGAGUGUUACCAUGCUGGGGAAGUUCAAGGGUCUGGAGCGACUGUACAUCGUGAAUAAUAGGCGAGGCAAGGAAGCAUCUCCCAAGUCAAACAGCACAGCCGCGACGCCUACGACACCGUCCACUAUGACGCCGGGCGUGAACUGCAAUACCAGCGCAAGCAACACCCCUAACGGCAUGACCCAGCAACGCUGCCGCAGCCUCGGAAGCGAGUUCCUUGCGGUCAUUCAAACCAAUCAUAAUAAGACCAUCCGGCAUCUGCUUCUUAACGAACGUUGGGUACUGUCUGAUGAUGCCCUCUUCAGACUUUGCCAGCUAUGUCCUAACCUGGAGCAACUCGGUUUCGCUUGCGGUGUCCCACCCCUCGAGUCGUUACGCCAAGUCUUUACCCUAGUUCCUAAGCUAUGGGCCGUCCGUUUCCUAGCCCGUCCAACUUACGACACAAACGACCCGAUGGGAGACGAUGAGGAUCCCACGAUGCACGCGUUUGCGUUUGCAACAGAAUUUUGGCGACCGGAGUACAAGAACGUCAAGUACAUUGGUUACGGCGAUAAUAUUGUGUUCAAAUUAGGCGGUGUCUAUUUCCCUCCAAAGGGUAAAGAACCGGUGCCAAAUGAUAACGAGAAGAGCAUGAAUGCUAAAAGAGCUGGACCAAAAAGGAAAAUCGAUGUCUUGAGAAGGGAGGACGUAAAGGAUAUCGAGAUUUGGGGUUUGGAUACUACAGAGUUCGACCCAAAAUUCCCCUGAGAGAAUCAGCUGCAUGGAACGCGAACUGCACAUCUCGGACGUUGAAGCAAGCGCAUUGGCUGCUUCACCCACCAUCGGUUGGCCACUGGCUUCCACAAAACAUCCCGCUAAAUUCGGCUGUUAGAGACUCCAAUGGCGUCUUCCAGAGAGUAUUGCGACUUUUCUCGAUUAGUAACGCGACGUAACGUUCACGGCGGUAGUUCGAUCCUUUCGCUUCGAUAUUACAUUUUUCAGAGCUAGACAGUGCUUACCGCAAGCAAGUCAACAGUGUGUAUUAGUACAAAAUGGUCGCCCGUGAUGCGAUGUGUACAGUACAGCAUAAGAGGAU